AAUUUGGUUUAACUCAAAAAAAUAGUUUUUAGGUGAAUCAAAACUGUUCUUACUGCUGGAUGACGAUCCAACUAGUCCCAUCCGAAUUUUAAGACUAUGAGAUUAAUUUCCCACUUGUGGUUAUCGAUGCUGGUUUUUAAAACCAUGGGAUUAGUUUCUACUUAUGGUUAUCAAGGGUGAAUUUGGUGACCCGAGAGGAGUGGUCUCUUUGAAGAGCAAAACAAACAACAUUAAUUAGGUAUAUAUAUCAGAAUCUGUUUGAAACUCAAAAUCAGAAGAUGAAGCUGAACAAGUCUUUCAAUCUUAAGUAAAUUCUACAGCUGGUUUGGACAAAUUCUACCCGGUUUCAUUUAAUUUUGUUUUUUUUUUAAUUCCUUGUAAUCGAUCACAAUUCAAAGAUGCCAUUCAUAUAUAGUUUUAUUUCAUUUGAAAUAUCAUUUAGACUUUGGAAGCUGUUAAAUAUAAGCAUCGCCUCUCUCUCUCCAGAAUUUUCUUUAUCACACAAGAGAAAGCAUGGCCUCCGAUAGUUGCAAGUUGCUGCUGCCUGACCCUAUGAGUUAACAAAAUCAGUAAAAUAUUAGAAUUUAUAGAAAAAAAUUUGGGUUCGAGAAAAAAUUUAGGUCACGUUUUUUUAACUUUGACUUAUUUGGUUCUGAUUAUUGUGCUCCUAGUUUACCUGUCCAACCAAUACGGGUGGGGUUUCAUUGCAAGUAGCUGCUGCCUCUCUAAAAAUCAAGAAGCAUGUGCACUGCAUGUCUAGAUUUUUCCUUGAAACCAACUAGCAACAGGCCGCCACUUGAGAAAGCAUGAAGACGAAUUCAAGUCGGCUAUUUAACCGACUUUAACAAGCAUAAAUAGGCCUGAAGUCCAGCCAUUUGUGUGUGCAAAAUAGGAAGUGUGAGCUCUGAGCUGCAAAGAAAAAGAGUGUGUGCCGUGAGUUAAGAGUUGCUGUAAAAUAAAGAGUCAGUUAAGUGGAUUGAGUGCUGUGAGUUUGCGUUUGAGUGAGUGUUGUGAGAAGUAGGUGUCUGGGUGUGGUUUCGUAAAAUUGUUCAAUAUUAAUAAAAUUAUUAUUUAAUUAUUUCCACUUUUGUUCAACAGAGCAUGAUCACUAGGGUUUGGUUUGAUUUAAAAUUUUUUUAGUUUGUAGAAGUUUUCAAACCGGACUUGGCUACCCUUAGCUUCACUAUAUAAACCCCUCGUCCCCACUUCAUUUUCCCAUCAAGAAAACAAGCUCAUCAUCAUAGUACCAGGGUGAUCUUAUUAUGACUGUUACAUUACCAUAUUUAGCCAUGAAGAACCUCUAUUUCUCCAUGCUGCUUCUCCUCUCAGUCCUUUUCUUCCUUGCCAAUGACGGUGAGGCGACAGUUAAAUGUAGCUCUCUGGUUUAUAAAGCAGCUGGAUGUGUGGACUAUGUCACUGGCAAGGCAAAAGACCCUGGCAUUACCUGCUGCAUUGGGCUGCAACAGCUUGCUCAAUCCGUGAAAAGCGUUGACGACAAGAAAGAUAUUUGCCGCUGCUUAAAGAAAGGUGCCGGGCCAGUGCCGAUAAACGAUUGGUUGUUGAGCCAGCUUCCUUCCCGUUGCCACAUUGAUGUUGGUUUCCCUGUCUCCUCAAAAACCAACUGUGAAACCAUUCACUGAAUCGCUAAGGAGUUGAGGCAGGGAUCUCUUGAGAAAGACAUCAUAAAGAAUAUUAGAGAUGAUUUUUGAGAAAAAUGCUAAGGGGUUGAGGCAGCGACCAGCAGACUUUAAUUAAAUAAAUAAAAUUCAGAUUUUAUAUAUAAUGAUUAAAUAGAGAAAAAUGUUUCAAAUAUUAUUUUUGUUGUUGAUCUAUAUAGUAAUCAAUCCAACUACACCAAUUUGACCACUGGUUGAUUAUGAUCGGCCUUUCACUGAGUUAA